UUAUCGUUCAUCCGGGCAUUCCACAAGGUUAGAGUCUCCUUGCUACCGGGUCGAAAAUGGAGAAGCCAACGCUAAAACAACGAUUGGACAGUUUCGCCAAAUUCUUAUGGAAUGGCGAGACAAAACAGUUAUUGGGCAGAGGAGGAAGAAGCUGGGCUGAGAUUGGCCUUUUCUACCUGGUCUACUACGCCUGCCUAGCUGGAUUCUUUGCUGCAACCAUCGCUGUGUUUUACCAAACCAUUGAUUCCCAUCAUCCAAAAUUGCAGGGAGACAGCAGUUUAUUGAAAGGAAAUCCAGGAAUGGGUUUCAAGCCAAUGCCAGAUAUCGAUACGACUCUUGUCCGUUCCACGAGAAACCCUGAACUCAAGAAACAUAUAAAGGCCAUGACCAAGAGUAUUACAGAUGUUCUCGAAGAUUACGAAAUCGACACUCUGGACAACACAGACUGCGGCGGCAUUGAUGAGACGCGCCCAAAUGCCAAAACCUCGUGCAGGUUCAACUACACUGCCCUCACCAAAAACUGCAACGCUGGCAACAACUUUGGGAUGGACGACAACCAGCCCUGUGUCCUGCUCAAGUUGAACAAGAUCUACGGAUGGUCGCCCCAGGUCUGGGAUUCCUCUGAGAUUGACAAAGUCCCCAAGGAAAUCCGCUCCUCGUACACACCCGACAGAAUCUGGGUGUACUGCCACGGAGAGAACCCGGCUGACGAGGACAACAUUGGCCACGGUCAGAUCGAGUACUACCCCAUGCAAGGGUUCCCCCUGGCCUUCUACCCCUACCAGAAGCAGCAGGACUACCGCUCCCCUCUGGUGUUUGUGCAGUUCCGGAACGUCACCCGGAACCUGGGCCUGAUGGUGGAGUGCAAGGCUUUCGCCAAGAACAUUGAAGUAGAUCAAACUGAUAAGCAGGGCAGUGUGCACUUUGAACUUUUGAACGACCCUUAGAUGAUAUGACCUUGUUAGUGAUAUUAUUGUUUCGUGCAGGGGGGUUUUAACAUUCGUCAACUGGGGUUUGUGUGGUUUGGUUUUGUUUUUUAUUUCUCUCCUCACUCAAAUUUUUAAAAGUAAAUUUUUUUUCUCUUUCUCUGUCCAGUCAAUUGGGCAGAAGCUAUCGGUAAGGAUGAAAAUAAUGGUAAUGUUGGCUGUCUGUAAGGUUUUAACGGGUAAACUGAGAACUGUGGACUGUAGUUUUUAUGCUCAGUGUGUGAGUAAACGGGGGCAGGCCAGAUUUUGGUUGUUGUGGAAUUUUUUUAUCUCACCCAAACGUUUUUUUGUACUUAAAUGUUGUACUGGACCUGCUUAUACUGGGCCCCCCUUUUUGUCCUGGUUUGAACCAGACUCAGGCUUCUUCGAUUGAACUUUUUCUUCCCUCUCUCCUCCCCCCGACCACUUUUAGUUGAAAGGUAUUAGAUCUAAGAGCGAAAGUGUUUAUGUGAUAAUCAAGCUUAUCUAUAUUAUACACGUGUGUAUCAGCAGGAUUGAAACAUUCCCCUUUUGAGACUGAAAUGAGAUGAUGCUGAACUCUUUUUCAUGAUUUUUAAACUUUUUUUUUUUUCUUUCUUCCCUCCCAUUUCGUUCCUCUUUAUGUUUGUGGAGUGUUGAGAGGGCUCAGGUUACUCCUCGGCGUAACCCCCACCACAUUUUAGUGGUGCUAUGAUCAUCAAAAUAAGUCCAUACCCCAUUAUUCUUGGAGAAGGGCACAUGAGGGGAAUUUUUUGUUGUUGUUUUUUUUUGUUUCCCACCAGUGAAGUUUUGCACGCAAUUGUUUUUUUUGGUUUUUUUUCCCUUCCCUUGAUGGUUACAUGUAUAUGAUGUGGUAUGUACGAGACCAUAAGGAAAUGCUCGCACUGUGAUGAGUGGGUGUGAAAGUAACAACAGCCCUCAUGUUCUAACCUGUACCUGCCACCUCACACCCAACCCUACCCUCCCGUAUUUUACAAAUACUUUGACAUGUGUUCAUUUCCUCCUGUUGAUGUCUUAAAACAUUUGUGCAAUAAUACCAUUGUUUUAAGGGCGUCUGUUUAUUCCUGCUUUUGUCUCCCCCCCCCCCCCCCGUAAUCCACCUGUGGGAAAAUAAAACCAAAAUAAAGACACUUUUCUUCCCUCCCCCCCGUGUUUCGACGAAGUUUAUUGCUCAUUGUGUCAUUCUACACAGAUGCCAGUAUUUCAUUUUACUUUCUCAGUAGAUCUGACUCACCUCUGUUCCCAGUUUUUUGUUUUCUUUUUAAAUUUGGAAAAUUUUGUGGCAGGGAAGGGAAACUGUUAAUAGCGAAUUCUUUGAUAAAAUGUUAAAAUAAUCACAGAAAAAGCAUUUAUAUCUAUCUAUCCUUUUUUUUUUUUUUUUUUCACCUCAAAAUUCGUCUCAUCUGUUUUUGUUUACCAAAUGCUUUGUGAGCGGUUAUUUAUAGUCAUCAUCUACCAUUUUGUUAUUUUCAAGAAAUAAAAAUCGAGGUUGGCAACAGUUGUGUGACUUUGUGAAUGCUCCACUGUGGAAUGAAAUUUUUCUGUUGUACUUGUUGCACCAUAUUCUACUAGGUGUUUUGUAACUAUUGUUUAUAGAUGUCACUUUUAGAACAUGUAAAAUUAUGAGAUGAUCAUGAUGCUUGACCGUGCUCUGACCCACGUCUGUUCUCUGUCUUCAGAGUAUUGGCCAUUGCAUAAUUUAUGUGAAAAGUGACCGUUCAUAUUCAGCCGUCAAUUUUUUUUUUUUUUUAAACAAACUGUUCAAAUGAUCAUAUUUCAGUCGGUGAGUGUGCUUUUCUUUUCAUGUAUCUGGAAAGGGAAAAGGAAUGAAGUUCCUAGUUUCUGGACUGAUUUCAGGUCAUUUGGCUGCUUAAAUCUAUGCACAUGGAUUUGAUACAUUGAGCUCGGCUCGUGUGAUAUAAAGGAUAUAUUUCAUUUAAUUCUAUUCUCUCAAUAAUGAAUUAAUUGUUUCUGUGUAGCAAUCAUUUUGCUUUCAUCUUCUCAUCCAAUAGAGCUUGCUUCUAUAGGCCAAUUGGUUAGGUGACCAUGUUUCUUUUUUUUUUUACUUGAAAAAUUAUUUUUUCUUUUCGAAUUGGCUUCUUUCUGGGUUAAUGUUUUGUUAUCAGAUCUUCAAUACCUUUGAUCUCGUACAAAUAAUGGAAAAUGUACUUUGUAGGUUUGGAAACUUGUCUGCCUUUCGUGGCAGUGAGAAACCAUGGUGUCAUCUAUUUUUCUUUUCCUUUCUCAUCGUGCUGUCAGGCUCCAUGAUCACUGUUAUGUUCACGGUUUCCUGGCAUUGUGGUCACCUAUUCCAACUCUGGUCGUCAUUACUGUGAAGUAGACUAACCUGCUUGUAGGGCUGGAGUGCGUUUAUAAGAAGCCAAUGGUUUAAUUCAGCCAGUACUCAUCAUACCAUGAGCAGCUUAGAAAUGUGUAGCACAACUGUUAAGUUUUCUCUCACAAUUCUGCGUAGGUUUAUUUGAAUCUCACUCUAGCAUAUAAAAUUGUCAUCCUCAUUAAGAGCCUCUCAUUUUUUUUAUUUUUUUUUUAUCAUGAUAGUACUGUCUUUUUGUCUGUUGCACAAACAUGGGUUUAGUGGCAAUGGUCUGAUUGUUUAUUUGUGGGCAGGUGCAUCUCCUGCCUGGUCAUGGUUUAGAGUUAGGGAUGAGGAGAUAAAAUGUGCCAACAAAAGUGACCACUCAGUGGUCUGCCCAGGUUAGCUAGUAUUACUAGUAACUUCAGUGAGAAAGUUGUUGUAUUUGUGAUGCGAGUGUCGUUAAAACUUUUACUAAAACUAAAGUGGAGGCUUUAGUGCCCCCCCCCUUCUAGGUGAGAUAUUUUAGAUGGUGUUUGGCUGCUUUGCCUAUGGUGCUUGUCUAACUAACGAAUGUGGCGCUGUACUGUACUGUGAAUGUGGACGGCGAUAAUCAAAGACUUACAUCAGAGUGAGUGAGUGUUGUUGGGCAGUGGCAUGUAGGGAUAUACACACGGGCUUGUCUGUGUAUGUGUGCGACACAAAUAUAUACGUCUCUUCCCUGGAUAGGAGCUGCUUCUUUCAGGUUCAUAAAAGAGUGGUUUUUAAAACUCUGUUACCCGAUGGAGACGCUCCACAAAUCUAGCAACUUUCGCUCUUCCCAGAAUGAGCUGAACUUUGUGAUCUGAAGUUGGAACUUGUGAACUGAAACCAAGUUAGAAAGAAUUAUAAGGGAAGUGUGGAGCUGCUUUGUAGUUUUCUCCAUCAGAUUUUAUUACUUUUCUACCCAUUUAGAUUUAAAGCAAUCAAGCCUCUUCACACUGCUUUCAUGUCACCGGGGGCCAAAUGCACAUUCAGAUCAGUUUAUUUGCUUGUGUGUUGAGCUUCAUUAUGUAUAAAUGUCCUCGUCAUGCAUUUUUAUUUCCAUUAGAAUAUAUGUAGUCGGAAUCAAUUUUUGAGAAAAUAAAAGUGAUUAAAAAAUUA